UACUCUCUUCCUUCCCCAUAAAUUUUCUUCUUCCUAGCUACUUAAUAUUGCAUUAUCUUACCGGAUUCUUCUUGUUGUAAUAGCUAAGUUUGUAGUGCAUCUUGGUCUAAUGCAAGGUUUAAUUAGUUAUGGCUGAGAGAGCUGUGAUGGAGAAAGAUCAGAAGGAUGAUUGGUUUGAUGGCUCCGAAGAUGAACUUGUGAGAGAGCUUCUUGAUGAUGAGUCUCCUUUCUUUGUCCUACCUCAAGAGACAAUUCAAGCCAAAUCAAAAACUUUAGAAGAAGAGGCCUCUAAACGACUCAUCUCCACUGUCUAUUCAGGGCCAAGGAUUGAAGAUAUCGAGAAUGCUUUAUCAGUGACAACCUGGAAGGAUCAAUGCCCAGCACAACAGCAAACCAGAAUUAAUUCAUUAUUGGAAAGAGGUUUGACUAAGAUAGAGAAUAAGUAUACUCUAAAGAUCAAAUGCAGUGGCAAUGUCAUGGCAGAUGAUGGAUAUAAAUGGAGGAAAUAUGGGCAAAAAUUGAUUAAAAACAGCCCAAAUCCAAGGAGCUAUUACAAGUGCACGAACCCAAGAUGCAGCGCAAAGAAGCAGGUGGAGAGGUCCAGAGAUGACCCAGAUACACUCAUCAUCACCUAUGAAGGGCUUCACCUACACUUUGCCUACCCAUACUUCCCACUCAACAACCAGCCUUUUCAAGAUAAUUCAUCACCAACCAAGAAGCCCAAGAAGGUAAUUUCAGAAGCUGAAUCACAGGCUUUUGGAGCUUCGCAAACAACAAAACCCCAAGAAACUACAGCAGUAUUGCCAAGCUCAUUCCAUGGCUGCCCUCAAGAACUAGCUCUGGAAGGAUUUAGUCAACAAGGGUUGCUUGAAGAUGUGGUGCCUUGGAUGAUAAGGAACCCAUCACACAACAAUAAUAUUUCCUCCAAUUCCUCUUCCUGUUCAUCUUCCCUGUCCCGUUCUCCUCCUGCUUCACCUUCUCCACUGUCUUGGUCUCCUAAUUAUAACCCAUGCUUUGAUAUAAGCAUAAACUCUAGCAUUAGUUGA